UGUUAUGUACCCUUUAAAACUGCUUUGACACAAUCUGUAUUGUACGAAGUGCUAUAUAAAUAAAGUUGACUUAACCUCUGCUCACAGAAAUAAGAAACUCGAAGAGAUUUGGAACAGCUUGAGGGCGAGUAAAUUAUAACAUUUUGGGGUGAACUAUCCCUAUAAAAAAAAAAGUGUAUUUUAUGAGUUAUUUGGUGAUUAAGUGAGCAAGAAAACUCAAAAAGGUAGUUUCAUUAGCUCUUCUGUAUGCAUAUUGUGGAAUUAGCAUGUCCAAUGUACAUAUUCAGGGAGUACAAAGUCUGCAUUCUUUUACUUAUACUUUAUGCAUAUUUUGCUGAAUCUUCAUUUAUCGCAUAUUUAAAUCCAAUAACUGAAUAGGAUUGCAGGUCAUGUUAUCCUUUAACUAGUUUCCUCACAGCUCAAUAAAAAAUAAAAAAAACUUUUAGCUCCUUCCCCAUGUAAACUGGUUAUGAGGUCUCUUUUACAUUAACUUAAUAAGAGGCUUCCCAGCACACAAGGUGCAAAAACAUGUUUUCUUGUUAUCCGGUUACUAGACCUCAAGGUAAACUCAUUGACUGAGCUCAUUUACAAACUUAACAGUUUAAAGUCUAGCCAUCAGUUCAGUGACUGUCUCACUGGAAGCUCCUCUUAAAUAUAAUCAAUAGAAGAUCAAGCAGGGUACAAUAUAACAUCUCUUCCAAAACUUUGUUGAUCAGUUUAGCCGAACUCCUCAGCAACUUAAAAUGGUGGUUAAAGUAAAUGUGAUGUAAUUACUUCAUUUGGUCAUUCUACAGUUGAAGGUAAGGUUCCUUCCUAGUUUUAAAAAGGGGAAAUUAGUCUGAAAAAACUGACUGGAUGUAGCUUCUAUUGGAGGAAACUGCAGAGAGACUGAACUGCUCUGGAGGGCUUCCACCUCCCUUCCUUAAUAAAGCAUUGCAGAGUCAGUCCUGAUGAAGCACAAUCUAACGGCCUAACAAAAAUCUCCAGAACAGGUCAUGCUUCAUAGAAACAGUUCUUACACAAGCACAUUCCAGUGAUUAUAAAGGAGUUCACAACUUCCCAAAAGUUACAAAUAUCCCUGUAAAGAGAAAACUGUAAUUUAUAUGAUGGGGGUGGCAGACCUACCUAAUAAAAUAAACAUAUGAACAAGCCAGGCAGCAUUCCUGCUGAAAUCCUGAUCAAAUGUAAACCUAAAAUGGUGAAGCAAUGCAGGGUGUGUUUUUAAUUAUAAGCCAUUCUUCUCUCCUACAUAUUAUAAAAUAUUAAAUGCAAUGCAUAUAGGUCUAUGUUGGUCAUUAGCUUGGGUAACAUUUUGUACCAGCAACCAACUGGUCUUCAAACCAGUUUAAGAUGGUCAAACUGUUAAAUGCUCUAAAGAUGUACACAAGCUGGUCAUUUUAUACCAACAAACCUGCACGUGACCAUCUCGCCUAAAUGUACACAUUAGACCAGCUCAUAGACAAGAUAAAUAACUAAAACCCGUUUAUUCCGAUAUAACACCUAUUUAUUAGCCGCUUUAUUACCAGGAUCAGUACACAGCAUGUUGAUUUUAUUAUUGUGCAGCUUGCACGCAAACAGUCGCAGAGUGUCGCUGCUGCGCAACCGCGACGCAGGAUAUUUUCCAAGUGCAUGGCACGCAAGAAGGCCUAUUUAUCACUCUCUGUCAAAUUACAAAGCUAAUGCGUGUAAAAUCAAUGUGUUGGACACGCGCAGAAUCGCGUCACCACAAUGCAAAACAUCUGAAGAUGCUUCGAUAGAUGGCCACUUUAACCUGUCUGCAAAUAUAGUAGAAGCCCUGGCAAUCUUAUGACUGGGCCAAUAUCAGUGCAACUUCUAAAGACAGGAAAAUGGCACACAAACCAAAGAUUCAUGUUUUUUUGGGUGCCCCAUGUCCCCAAGCACUCCCUGAAGAUGUGCAGGAGAGAGCAGCCGCACCCUGGAAAACAAUAGACCUCACUUGGAGUCAUGGCAGGUUGAUUCCCAAAGACACCAUUAGAGAAGCCCAAACAGAUGAGUGUGUUGCAAUGGUUAGUGGUAGAAUGCAAGCUGCUGUUUCCUCUGACAGAGUAUCUGAGAGUUUAGAGGACAAAACAGAAACAUCACAGGAUGACGGCGCUCCAUCAGGCAGCCAGUGCUCUCAGUCAAAGGCAGAGUCUGUUGAAGAAGAGGUAUUGUGUCCUGUAUUAGUGACUGAAUACCUAGAUAGUUGCUUCUGCUCGCAUAGACAAGGCAGAGAUGGAAGGCCUGCAUCACCUGUUUCCACAGAGACUGAGUAUCUGAGUACAUGGACAAAGUCCCAAGCCUUGCUUCUUCGAGGUAGAGCGGCCCAAUGUCCAACUUCUGACUUUCCUGAUGACUUUCUUCUUGGUUCUCCACACACCCCUCCCAAACAAACGCCCUCAUCUUCUGUAAGUUCCCCAGAACUGUACAGUCCUGUGGUCAGCCCUGAAGAGAGGGGUUUAGGGGGAACCUUGCAAAGCUCAGGAGAGUGGCAUAAUGACAGUCUAAGUCAAAGACAGCAGGAGAGAGGGGUAAUUCUGGAAAUCACAACUGACGGCAUCCUUUGCUCUCAGGGUAAUGCUGUGGCUGAAAAAGCUGUUGGUCAUGAGGAAGUUGGGCUUAAUAUUGACUCACUUGCACAGACUUCACCUGGUCCCACUUCUUCUAAAAAAAUGAAGCUUGCUCAGACCGAAAGUAAAACUAAAGAAACAAAGCAGAGGGCAAGAACAUCUGCUGCCCCCCUCUGUGGCCCUACAACCCUGCUGGCCAGGUGUAAGACUCAUGGUGUACGAUACGCCAUCUUGGUUGCUGUGGUGCACCCAUGCCACUUAAAGGAAGUCAAAGUUAAAACUGGAGCCUCGGCUGGAACCAGUGUUCCUUUAGCAACACUGAUUGUAACAGACCAAUCAGACGUGGAGAUGAAGGUGGUGUUAUGGAGGACAUCGGCUUUCUGGGCUCUGACAGUUUUUCCAGGAGAAAUUCUGCUCAUUACAGAUGUGACAGUGCACAUAGACAAGUGGAAGACCGAGACUGUCCUGCAGUCGUCCUUCACCAGUAAGCUGCUGAAUUUGGGACAGGUCACAAGGGAACGUAUUCCACCUGCCCCACAGAAUUUGAACUGUCAUACACUGAGAAGGCUGUGCACUCAUUUGUGUGAGAAGCGCCCCCUCUUGGUGUCUCUGCCUCUUCAGAAACCUCAGGAUUUGCACUCCAUCCCCUUCAUCCGCCUUGGAGCUUUACGUCCCGACACACUGGUUCACGCUCUGCUUAGGGUUAAACACUCGCAGUUAAUCACAGCCUGGCGUGAUGAAGCAGAGGGGACAUCCAGAGUAGGAGGUGUACUAAAAGCCAUUUUGAAUGUGGAGCAAGGAGAUGGUGACCAAGGUGCUGUCAUACUUUGGGGAGCUGCUCUCACCUGGCUGCAGCGUUUGGAGAGGAACAAAGAUGCUGUGUGGGAGUUCAGGUUGCUGCUAGUCAGACAAGAUGUGACUUCAGGUUUGCUAGAGCUGCAUUCUACUCCAUGGAGCAGCUGUCAGCCUCUCUUUCCUGAUGACAAUCGAUGCAAGGAGUUUUACAACACCGUUCGCUCACAGAGGACCGCUAGCAGCUUUGAGAUUGAUCUCAGCACACUCCUGUCCCAGAAAUACUCGGGUGAUGUGGAUCUGAGAGUUCAAAUCACAGCGUUCCAGUUCCAGAGCAGUCCAUCCCAGGAAGCCUCGCUGGUAAUAAAAGGCAACACGCCCUUGGAGACGAUCUUGGACGUAGUCUCUGGUGACAUCAUAUUUGCUGGAUGUGGUCAGUGCUCUGCAGAACUGGAAACAGAUGAGAACAGCAUAUACAGACCCUGCUACCCAUGUCUGCCCCACACAGGAGUGCGUCGCUACUAUAGGCCAGUUGUUUUAACUGUGCAAGCUGGAGAUGAUCAAAUCUGUGUGCAAGUUCCCCCUGCUCUAGUGCAGAGGAUCCUCCUGAACACUGCCCCAGAUAAGCUACAUAAGACCAUAGCCCCAGCAUCCGAGGUGAGGUUCAUCCAGGUCGUAGCUAACAGGAUUAGUUCCAUAUUGACCCCCACGAAGAACACAUUUCUCCUGACCGUCCGAAGCCAUUUCCAGUGUGAUGACAACAGCAUUCCUGUCAUUCAGAACUUUAUAUUAUUAGACUUCAGCUCACUAGAGUCGUGAAGAAUAUUCAUGUAUAUUUUAAGAUGAUGCCAUUUAUUUUUAAUAGCUAUGAUUAAACUGUCUUAAGGUCAUAUAUCAUGUAUAAUUUACAAAGCACAUGAGUAUUAUUGCAUCCUGGAUAUUCUUUGAAAAAAUAAAAUGUGGCUUUGGCAAUAAAUUAAAAUGUAUUCAAUAAAAAUUGUAAACAAAAAUA